AGCGGAAACUGCAGCGAGAAUGCUUCUCACUCCACUCCCUCCCCUCCCCUCCCCUCCGGGCCCGUCCGUGUCGCCGAGGUCGGGCAGGAUGAGCGGGCGCGGGAGGAACCCCUGAAGCUGCAGGUAGAGGGAUGUACCCUCAGCUAUGGUGGGCCGUGCUCCCCAUCCUCUUCAGUCUUCCACUUGGGAUCCUUGUAUUGCUCUGCACGAGAUGUAGAAAAUCUAGGAGUCGCACUAUAAUCAGAGAAGAGACCAGGAGAAAAACGCAAAGUGUUCAGAUGAAUGAUGAGAAGAAAGGGUUUGAAGUUGUGAGGUCAUAUACAGUGUCACGAUCAGAGAAAAAACCAAUUCCGGAACCAGAGACUGAGAAUGAGCCUGCCACAAAUGUUGUAAUUUCACCUGAUUGCCAGGAUAUUCAACCAAGUUAUAUGAACCUAAAUAUUGAAAACAACCAUCGACGGGACCAGGACUAUAUAAACCCGUUGUCUGCAGACUAUUAUUGUACACCCAGUGAAUACAUCAAAUCUGCUGAUGAUGAUGAUGAUUCAAAUUCGUAUGAAAACGUGCAGAUCAAUAAAGUCGCAAGCCAAACAUCUGUAGUGUCUGCAGGAAGCUAUGAGAAUUGUGAAUACGCUGUGAAGUGGAAGUCUCAGGAGAAACCUGAAGAAACGUCAGGUGAAAAUGAUGAUGAAGAUGACGAAGAGCCGGAUUAUGUCAACACAAUCCCUUGCCCAUCUCUGUAAAGACAUGAACAAACGGUAUUCCACAGAUGACAACUAUUGUCCUAUGAAUUCAGCUGAACCAUUUGAGUAGAAAGCUAUUCUGCAAACCUCUGGAGAACUCCUUACAACUACUCAAUACAGAGCUCUUUUGUGUGUUUUAAUUCUGCUAAGAAUACUUUCAAGUCUCAAAUGUCACAGACGUGUAGCUGCCAGGUUUCCAUUAAUUUAUUGCUGCAAGAUAAUCCUAUUCAAACAGUUUCCCAGCCAAACUGAUACAAAAUGGUUUCCUCCAAACUGGAUGAUUUCAGUGCUGUCUGUCUGUACCUUCUGUGUACCAUUCAGUUGUCCGAGACCUCAUCCAAAUCACAUGGAUUACUAAUAAAGAAAACAUUUAGGAAGAUAGUCCAUUCAUAUUGUGAUUGCUCCAAAAGACGAGUCAUUUUUCUGUUUCAGGUUGUUAUUAUAGUAUUUUAAAUUAUUGUAUCUAUUGUCAAGUUUAACAUGUAUGUACAUUCGAAGCCAAACUUUCAAAAGAUUUAAAGUUUCUGAAUGCCAAAGCGUUGCUGAUAAAAUGAUUUCAAUUUUGUGUUAAACUAUGCUUUGUAGCAAGUCAUAAUCCUUUGUUCUCCACAAUCAUCUGCAAUUCAUGGUUCAUGUAAUUCGAAUGAUAUUUUAAGCUAUUAUAGACCAGUAAAAAAAUCUAUGUUUUUAUCGAA